AUUAUUUAAUGUCGUUUAUUAAAAAUUUACAAUCUGUACAUUAAAUACAUAAAGUAAAUGUGAUGUGGUCACAAAUUUAAAAAUGGCUUUGAAUAACUUGAAGUAAGACUCGCAGUUGAGUCACCUUAUACAAUGAUUUAAGAUAAUGUAUUAACAAUAAAAUACAUUUUAAACGUUGAGAAGAUCCUCUACACCAUUUGCGUUUAAGACAUCUUUUGGGUUUGUCCGGAAGUAUCUUUGAGCAAAUUGUUCGAUUGAAAUGAUUGUGGUUCAUAUGGAGUUUUUCAUGAAACCUCUUGCAAAAAUUGAUGGUUGUGUUGUGGACGGUUUUGAUUUGGAGGUCAUCGUGGAGAUAUUUGUUCCUUACGUACUAAGAAUUUUUAGCAGUGAUACGCAGAUAAAUAGAUUGGAAUCGUUUGAAUAUUUGUUUUUUAGCCCCAGAGUAUGAUGCCGUGAGUCGAAAUGGGACGGAGAAGACAUUUGUAAAUAAGAAUUUUAUUUUGAUAUUAAAUCUUAGUGGACCUUAGUAGGUAAAGUCUACUGUUUAUCUUUUUUAUUUGUUUUUGAGGUAAGGGCUAAUAAUUUAAUUAAUUAAUAAUAUCUCUCAGCUGUGGGGCGCCGCUGAAAAAUCAAAUAUUUACAAAAUACAAUCUUUCCAAUCCACUGCAUUACGAAUCAUUACUAAAGCUCUUUUCUAUGUCACAAACCAUACACUGCAUACAGAUUUAAACGUAGGUACCAAUAAUUACUGAAACAUCCACUUCAUCAUACAAACUCUUACGUGCACGCUUUGCAAACCAUCCAAAUCCCCUAAUACUUUCCAUCCAAAAUUCAAAUACCAUCCUAGAAAACCCAUCGAAAAGGCUAAAGAGAAACUGGUGUCGGGAUUUAGCCUAAUUUAUAUAACAAAGUAAAAUAAAACUACCAGAGUAGUUUUAUUACUUAAGCUAGUAUAUUCAUCAAUAAGAAUACUUAAUUUUGAGUUUAAUGUAAUAAUCCUAGAUAUUAAUUGUUUUCUCGUUAUAUUCAAUAUGUGAUUUCCCGGCAUACAAAUCAACCAACAAAGAUGCAGAGCAGAUAUGUUUGAUGACGAUACAGAGUUACAGGUACUAGCAUACAUAAGAGCUAAUCCACGUUCGUCAAUUAGGCAUGUUGCUCGCGAAAUUGGCGUUUCAUAUGGUUAUGUUCAAAAAAUUCUAAAAAAACACAAAAUGCAUCCAUAUAAAAUCAAUUUCGUCCAACAUUUGCGUGCAGGAGAUUCAAUUCGUAGGAGUGAUGAAUCAAAAUGUACAAACAAUGGCAUUAUGAAUAAACAAAAUCAUCUAUACUGGGAUGACACAAACCCACACUGGUCACGUGAGACUAAUUUCCAAACGAUCUGGGGAAUAAAUGUAUGGUGUGGGUUAGUUGGUGGAAAGCUAAUAGGAUCGUUCUUUUAUGAUGGAACGCUUAAUGGUAGACGAUACCUUAAUUUUUAAACCAACGAACUACCAAGAAUUUUGGAUGAUGUUUCAUUAGAAACACGAGAACGAAUGUUUUCUAGCAUGACGGAGCACCAUCUCAUAAUGUAAUUACUGUUAGAAGAUAUUUAAAUCAAAUAUUUCCGAACCGCUGGAUUGGUACCUAUGGUAUCGUUCCUUGGCCUGCACGAUCUCCUGAUUUAACGCCACUGGAUUUUUUUAUGGAGAUAUUUGAAGACUGUGGUUUAUGCAGAUCCACCUGUCAAUCUUCAGGACUUAAAAAACAAAAUACAGGCGGCAUGUGAUAUUUUAAGUGAGAACUAAAUCAAUGCGGCAACUUCAACUGAAUUUUUGAGGUGACUUGAAUCAUGUUUAGAGCAUAAUGGCGAAAACUUUGAACAAUUCAUGAGAUAGAUUUAUUUAAUCUAUUUUAUUUAGUAUUAUAAUAUUA